AUGCGGCUGGCGUUUUUUGUUCGGACACAGCCAGGGGUGCCCCCUCCCUCCUCCCCCAUCCCUCCUCCCGCCUUCCUCUUCUCUUCUCCUCACUCCUUCGUUCCCUCCUCCUCCUCCUGGCUCAGCGCGCCGGGGUUCGCGCAAGGAGCAAAACUCCUCCUCCUCCUCCUCUUCCUCCUCUUCCUCCUCCUCUUCUCUUCAGCCUUUCUGGUCCAGAAGGUUCUGGGCUUGUCGGCAGCGAUCUUUAGAGAAGCAAUGCUGCCGCGAGCCAUCGGUUCUACCAGUCUUCACGAUUUCCUGUCAGCAGAUGCGAUGGCCCAUGCUGCGCCUUGGAGCUUCGGCGCGCGGCUGCGUGAAGAACCUCUCAUGCUGGUACUUCAAGCACGAUGGAGAUCAAUGGGGAUCGAGUUCGGCACCAGUGCAGCAGAAGGAGUGAACAUCAACGCGUGCACCACCAGCAAGGCCACCCAUGGCGAGGAACAGUACGAUGCCUCUCCGAGCUGA